AGCUUGCUUGGCGCAUUAUGCAGCCCCAAAAGGAACGCGAGCCCGUAGUUCAAUAGGAACCGAUCCUCGGAGGAAGGCUAGCUUGCUGAAACCCUGGACUGGUGGAGCUCGAACAGCUCAGCAGCGCUCAGCAGGUCUGUCUGUCUGUCUGUUGGAAUCGAUAGGUAUUUUGUGUGUCCGCUAGCUUUCUGAUCGUUUUGUCCGUUCGACGACACAAACACACCACUGCAUAUCUAUCUUGUAGCACCUUUUUCUCUUGUCCUUAUGUAUCAAUGACUAAUUUCUCCUGACCGUCUUCGACUCAAUCCAAGCAUGCAUGAUUCAUCCCCCUUUGUUCGAGCCAUUGCCCGAUCCCGUAGUGGAAUGCCGCCCUCGGCAGUCUGGCCAGCCCUAUGCAGUUGGCCUCGCCCAGAAGGAUCACGCCGUGCAACUUGGACAGGCAGCACCAUUUUUUACCUAAGCCGAGAAACUAAUUAUGGGCAAUCCAGGGCCGCCAACGACCACGACCCUGAAGGCAAGGAACACCCACUUGAAGGCCGAAUUGGAAAUCAGGUGGAUGUCAACCAUGCAAGGCUGGCCAUACUAACCUCAUGGAGCAGGAUUUGGGUCUGGAUUCCAAACUAAAGGAGGUCCCAAUGUCGAUUAUACUUGGCA